GCGUCAGCAGCUCACUACAAAAGCCAACUGUCAGUUCUAAGUGCGGAGAACGAGCGGCUGCGUGGUCAACUGACGGCGCUGUCAGUCAGUCUGGGUGGUGGGGAACACGAGCGACGGCUUGACGAUGUCGCGCAACAAGUCGUACGAGCCUUAUUAUCGCAGAAGAGCGCACGUGAAGAGUUGGGAUGCGCCCGCGCGAGGGUCCGCGAACUUGAAGCACAAAAUCGAGCGCUGAGCGCGCUGCUGGUGCGGCAGCUACGACCGCAGCCGCGGCCAUCACCUGCUACGCCUCUUACUCCACACACACCACAUACACCGAAAGACUUGCAAGUGCAUCUUGUUGACGUCGGUUCCUGUGGUUCUCUGGUCUCCUUUCGGGACUCCCCUCCUCCAGCAGCACCUGCGCCGCAUCCACACCCACUGAGCCAAGACGACAAACGACGACAUCAAAUCCUUUCUGAUAUUUGGACUGAGCUUAAGGGCCUGGAAGUGACUCCUGCUAACUUAGCCCGUGCACUAUCAGCGGUAGAUCCUACUUUGUGGGCUGCACCUGCGAGACCAGCAACGCUAAGCCUCAGCAUGCCGCAGCCUAGCAUCGAUCCAGUUCAAGGCACCAAUUGUGAAAAAGUAGCUGAAGAAGAAAGUAGCGAGCAAUGUGAAGCUGGUGCGGAAUCUCCAGAAAGUGGUGCGAAGGAUGAAGGAUACUCGACUAUGUCUAGUGAUGUUCAAGCAGAUGCUUCAAGACAGAGUGAUCACGCUGCUGAUAGAGCAUUGCCAGAUUUAAAUGAAGCAUCUGACGAAACUGAUAAUCAAACCAUUGUUUCAAUAAAUCCUAGGGAAUCUCGACGACAUGCUCGACUUUUAGCAACAGAUGCGGAUUAUAUUUAUUUUCCAAUAGGUGUAGCUUUUGCAGGAGUCAGAGGCAGCUAUCCACCGUCACGUCCAGUCUUGCCAUUUCAACAUGUCGUACGAAGUUUCUCAGAUUCCCAUCUCUGCCUAAAACUCGUAGCAUCAACUACAUGUCCAACAAGCUGUCUUGAUAGUCCCACGCCCAGCUCGGGGGUAUUAGUACUAGAUCUGAAACCGGCACCUGAAAGACCAUUAAGACGAGUUGCAAUAGCUUCCACUACAAGUUCCGAAAGAGUAUCCUGGGGAAGUACUGGAGAUGAACGAGCAGAUGGUUCGCAAUAUGAUGCAGAUUAUGUGCAACAUUGGCUAGAAUUAGAUGACGCAAGAUCUGCGUUACAGCAGAGACAUCGUGACCUAGCUGAUUUGGAAUAUGAUAGGGCAGAAUUAGAAGACUGGAGCUUAUCUUUGUCAUGUGAAGAUCUCAGAGACCGACAAUCGCCAUUUGCUGAGAUUACAACACCGGGUCAAAUAUCGCUUUCAACGUUACCUAGUAUAAGAGAAGAUGAUGCUUUAGAAUUAGAAGAAGAUGAAGGUUGCCUUUGGAAUGAUUGCGGAUUUGCGACUAUAGAAAUUGAUGAAUGUAGAAUUGGUGAUGAUCCCGAAACAUCUGAUAAACGGUGGGACUGUACUGGAGCGCACUCGCCGGGUGGAUCUUGGUCUAGUACUUCUGAUGCACCUGAUAAAAGAUCUAGUACAGCAUUGAGUGAAGACGGUGAUUGUGCCAAUAUCGGUGUAGACUUCACGAGAGAUUUUUAUCGUCUUGUCAAAUACGAGAGCACUAAAAGCUUAGCAUCGAAUUCAUCAAGAGGUUUAUCAGCUCAAGACAUCCUACCAGUCACAAAUAAUUUGAGAGUUCAUGACGUCCAAGCUAUGGCACUUCAGGAUCGUGAACAAGCUCUUCAAAAUGUUCUUCAUUUUAUUGCGGAACAACAAAAAUAUUGUCGCGAUAGAGAAGAAUCUGACUCAAUGUCGUCACGACCGGUAUCUGAAAUACGUGAAUUGCCGCCUCCGUAUGCAGCUGCUGAUUUUGAUGAUGAUUCUAUUGGUCCCCGUAGUGAAGUAUCUGAAGACAGACAAAGACCCGAUUCAUUUGGUAGUUUUUCUGAGAACGACUCUUGCGAUGUUCACAAUGAACGGCAAAAAAUUGCACAUUGUGAUAUUGUUUCUGAUACAAGAUCAACUCCAAGAUUUAUAGAACGAGAAGAUCCUUACGCAGAAUCAGAGGACUAUUUCGAUGGGUUGUCAAGAAUAGAAAAUGGAGAAAAUGAAAUAGAUGAUCACUAUUUUUUAAAGGUUCAAAGGAAAAAUGAAAUAAAUAAAAACAUAGAUAUAGGUAACUCAGUUGAUGAGGAGCCUGUGACGCAAACGAAAGAUGAUAAAAGUGAUCAUGAAUCUAGUCGAAACCUAGACCAUAAUUCAGCAUUAAAAGAAAAUACUGUGAAUAUAAUGUUAAAUAUGCAAAGUCCGGUAACAGAAAGGGUAAAUACUGAAACUUCUUUAACAAAAUCAUCAAGCUUCACGUUCCCUAGUGGAGAAACGGAGAUUUCUCUAGUCGAAGAAGUAUUAAGUGCUUGCAGAAGAAGCACAGGAGCUCUAGUGACUGUUCUAGAAGAAGAAGAAAGUUCGUCGCCAGAAACGAGUUCUCCUCAAAUGACUGAAUCGAAUACUACAAGCACUUCUACUGCCGAAACUGUGAUAGUAAGUAAUAAGAAUGAUACAACUCAAAAAGAAGCUAAAUUUAAAAAUGAAAAGAGCCGCAUACCAACUUUUAUGGGAGCUAAAAGACCUCCAUUGUCGCCAAAUAGGACUAGAUCUAAAAUACCUGUGGCAGAAAAGUUUAAACCAGGAACUACUAAUGCCGCUCCAGCCCCUGAACCAAUUAUUGUGAAGCAGGAUCAUACACUAAGUUUCCAUGAAGCUGCAACUUCUAAAGACGUUAUAGAAGAACUAAAUAGAAUGAUUCGUCAAAAUGAUACCUCGACUACGAGUGGAGUUAAGACAGAAGAUCGGAAGGAAAAAACACAUGCUCAUAAAGACGGUGCACUAUGGGCACCGACAGGAUGGGUACAUGUCGAGAAGGAUAUUGAUUUCAGCGACCCUAAGGCACGUGCUAACCUGCUGGACGUAAUGUUGGCAUCAAGUGAUUCGUCUCCUUCAUCCUGCGGUUCCUCUCCAGCGGAACCACCGCCCCCUUACUCAAGGCUUCACCGUCUACAUAGAUCUAGGAGACAGAAAACUGCGGCCGCGCUGCGCAGCCGCGGGCUGGGCGUGUUGCGGUUCCCGCGCGGCCGCCGGCCUUCCAUCCUCGGCCGCGAGGGCUUCUUCGUCCGCUACGGCGACCGAGAGCGCGCCGCCGUCGCCACUUUCGACUUCCUAGACGACCUCUCCGGCGGAUCCUCGCCCGAGAACACCAAAGACUGUACCUAAAUUAGCAAUAAACGGAUCCCAAAUAUUAUAUUUUUCUAUGUCACUCGUUUGUGAUAGUUAUGGUGAGUGACGAUUGGAGCGCACGCGCUCCGCCGGUAGUGUUCGCUUUCGCGUAGCCCGUAUAUCGACGGUAAGCCAAAUAGUUUUAUUUAGUGUGGCGUUGUCUCGACGAUGGCUGCACGGUCCGCAGGGCUGCAGCUUACUGGAACUGUCCCGCACCUGUGUCUGCACACAAGUGACAAGUCUUUCUAAUUCUACAGACGUCAACGCUUCCCGGUAGAUAUGUACUGUUUUAUACGUGUAUAAAAGUAUUAUUUAAUUGUAAUAUGACUAAGACGUUAACGUUUGUAGAAAGAGAAAUGUUAUAAAUAAGUUGCAUCUGAUCCUUUUCAAAUUUGUCUCGUGUAGAUGUCGUAGCCCUUUCACUUUGAACUAAUCAAACUAUGAACGAAGCACAUAGGAUAAAUGAUUUAUAAAUUCUUCAUAGAUUUCUUUAGUAGGUGUGAGAGGAAGUACAUACAGAAAGGGCAUUGAUGCGCUGUUUUGUAUGAAUUAUUGUUAAAGUUCAGGUUUUUAAAAUCACUGAUAAUAUGAUAGCUAAAGCAAACAUCCAGAUAUUGUGAUUUGCGCUUGGAACAAUGCUUCCUACAAAUGAAUCUGCUUUUUGAAGCAAUAUAAAUAGAGUUGAUUACUUCAUGCGAUGUCUAGCUUACGCUUCGAACCAAUAACUGAGAACUUAGGUAAGAAGACGAAAUAACUACUCAAUAAGUAAUUGAAAGCUGCGGCCUCGAAGUAAUGUGAUAUUUUUGUAUAUACUGUAAGUCCCACUUAUUUUCAUAUACAUUUAAAUGGAUUCCUUUCUAACCGAACGAAGCGUUACUGUUGGGUCUAGAACGAUAGUUCUGUUUCAGAGUCUGUACAACUUAAGUGGAGCUGUCAUGCGACAAAAUAAUGUUGUCUCUUUCACUCCGCAUGUAACGAAUUAAUAAAAGAAGAGCGCGCUAUUUUAUCGCACGAUUGUUAUUUACUGAUAAUAACCUAGGUACUUAUGUAAAUAUUGACGAUUACGAAUAAUUAACGAGUUAGUUACUACACUUAUUAAUUAUUAUAAAGAAUAAUGAACUAUAACAAUCGAUUAACAUUAUAAAAAUCCAUUAAAUCGAAGGGUACUAAAGUAUGUUAAGUGUAUAUAAUAAUUACGACGUCAUUGAAUGCUAUUUAUUGAAUUGUAUCGUUUGCGAUGUGUCGAUCGUUUGUGUAUACUUUGGUACAUAUCAUGAAUUUCUAUUAUUUCGUAAGGCAACGAUGCUCUAUUUUUAAGGUAUAUUACGUAUGUGACAAUGGAGAAAUGUUAUGUUAAUUACACUCUGACUUAAAACACUUCCAAAAAAACUAUUUUCUUUUUUCGUGUAUGAGGCGAAACAAGAUGCUGAACAUUGCUAUCUCGCUCUCAAUAAAUAAAUUCUCUUACUAAAUUACCUACUCUUUAGAAAUCUAGUUAUAGAUUACUUAUGUUUAGUACAGUUAACCAUGUAUAUGAGUUAUCUUUAGAUCUAUCAGACGUUAUAUGACAUUUAUAUUUCUUCAUUGGCACAUAGGUAAAUCUAGAUCACAAGUACGCGGUGGAAAAGAUAAUGCAAGUUCCAAUUAAAAAUAAAUGUCAAUUUUAACAAUAGUAAGUUGAAAGUCAAUAUGUGUUUGUAAUUAGGUUCAUUAAGUACAAAUUUCGCUUUUAAUCAUAAGUACUUGUAGACAUAUUGUGGUCCAAACAGACUAAGAAUUUUGCGCCAUUAUCUUAAACGUAUAAAUAAUUAGAUUUGCAUUAUUUGUUCGCACCUUAUACUAUGAUCGAAACAGUAGCUUUUUGGAUUACUUUGCAAAUGUUGGUUGGAAACGGUUCUGAACCUUAACCGUACAUUGUGAACUAUUAUAAUUAUAAUGCCGGAACCAAAGCAAUUUUUCGACGCACGAUUUAGCCUCCACUUGUUACGCUGCGACACUUUUUAAUGUUUAUUGUCUAAAUAUGUUUGUUCCCAACCUUAUUUUAAACUGUAAUGAUUGAAGACAAUAAAGGAAGAUUUAUACUUAUUAUUAAUGAAUAUUAUGAAGUGACGGCACGAACGAUAUAUAAAAUAUAAACAUAGUUUAAGCUAAUAAUACCCAUGUAUUUGUCUUAUUACAAGCUGAAUAGAAACACCCCUUUUUAACUGCGUUCGGAUACACACACUAGUCGUAAAAUCCACUUUCUUGUCGUCGAAAUGAUAAAUUAUAUCCGUCCAAAACCGAAUUCAUAAUAUUAAUUUCAAUAACGCUUCUACUGUUGCUAUCAUUAGUAAGACUGGAUAUUUUACUGUAAGAUCGACUUGUACAUAAUUUUUGUGAAUCUGUCGAUUGAAUUCGUUGUAACCCGUUUUCCUGUCUGUCAAUUAGAAACUGCUGCGUGUAUCCGAGCGUUUAAUUUUAAUGAAGUUUUAAAAUGUUUGUAUACACUACUUCAAAGUGAAUUCUUGGAUAAAUAAUAAACAAAACUGUAAUAUUAAAAUGUGAAACAAUCAUAGAGCGAACAAUAUUUUGUUACAUAGACAUUCAUCAAUGAAACAUUUUUAUGCUAUCAUUUCUCAUAAAAAUCUAGCAUUGUAACUAUUUAUUAAUAAUCGUAGAAUCCAAAGGUACUGUGAUUGGUAACUACCGCUGAAAUUUAGAGCACAAUUGAAAAUGAAGAGUUAUAAAUGUAUUAUUGGGUGCAUUUUGUUAGUACAUUCUAAACUAAGACAUAGUAAUACAUGAGAUAGGUAGGUACUUUCAGCAGUACAAAAUGUGUAGAAUAACAGUAUAAUUAUCUACUAUUACAGAUGGGUUCAAUAAACAAUUCCGUUC